UUGUCACAUGUCUCCAUUCGUCCCUCGGACAACUAUUAACGUCUCCAAACGAAUAGUCACCCGAAAACUCUCAAGCGAUGAAGACGCUCAUCACAAUCCUCCCGUUGCUAUCAGUGCUCGUGGUCCGGGCCAACAAUGACAACGGCACAACCGUGGAAUUAUUCUACGGUCUUCGAGAGACAACACCAGUUCUCGAAAGCACCCUCCAACGUAAGUGGAUAAACGACCUAAACCUGAAUUUCAAAUCAUCCUUGAUAAUCGGACCCAGUGCCUUCCAAAAUAUCACAUCUGAGCUGAUUGGUUUGACCUUCACAAAUUCCAAUACAUUAUGGCUGGAAGGAGAGUCACUGAUUGGAUUGAAGGCAAAAACUCUCUACAUAAACAAAGCAACUAUCAACUUGACGGAUAACUUGGUGGUACCGACAACUCUAAAGGUUCUUACCCUGGACGCCUGCGAGACUCCCUCAACUCUCCUGGGAAUCCCCCGUUUAUUUCCGGAUCUCGAGGAGCUGCAUCUCUAUGACAACAAUCUUCCCGUCAUCGGAACGAAGGCUUUUGCGACGAUGAAAAAUCUGAAGAGACUUGGCCUGGUGCUCAACAGGAUCACCACCCUGGAGCCAGGAUGUUUCAAGGGACUGAACGAACUGCUGGUCCUAAAUCUAUCCAACAAUAGGCUGACAUCGCUGCCAGCCGGAGUCUUCAAUGGAUUAUCCAAAUUGAAGCAUCUCUACGUGGAUAACUGCGAGGAUCUCAAACACAUCGACAUCAACGCCUUCCGGGGAAUGUCGUCCCUACGUGAACUGUGGCUCCAAAAUAAUGCCCUCGAGACACUGCAAGUGGGAAUGUUCGAUGAACUGCGAACACUGGGUGCUCUUCUGCUAGAGUCCAAUAACAUCACUCAUGUUCCGAAGGGAGUCUUCAACAAGGUGAAGACCCUUCGAGUGAUUUCCCUGAAGAACGCGAUGAUUUCGUCAAUCGAGCCCAACGCUUUUUCUGUACUCAACUUGGAGUCGCUGGAUCUCAGCGGUGGAAUGCGACAGAGAGCCCUGGAGAGCGGGAUCUUCACUGGUUUGACUGUCGAGGAUUUACAUCUCCGGGGAAAUGGCAUUCAGGAGAUAAAACCACACGCCUGGGAUGGCCUCUUCGCUGAAACGGUCAAUUUGAAUUCUAAUAAUCUAACGAAAAUUGUUCCGGAGUAUUUUGCUGGGCUCAACACUUCGACCCUUUAUUUGUUGGCGAAUGGAAUUACGGAGAUCACCCCAAAUGCGUUUGGGAAUACGCAAGUUAAAGAAAUCGAUUUCAGGAAUAACUCGAUUAAGACGAUUGAGAAAGCAACGUGGGGUCUUCCGGAAUCUGUCAGAAUUACUAUAGAAUAAUUUCAGUAUGAAGUACCAGACUCUUGAUCAAGCAAAUGAGAUAAGCUUAAGUCUACUGGUGUGCUAUGAUCAGUACCUAGAAUACAUUCACAUACUCCAUCAUACUUACACAUAGACACGAUAUUAAUGUAGACACUCACAUCUAGAGCCUGUCCCAAACAGACAAUGUAACAGUUGAUCGUAAUACAAUGUUCUGUGCAGACAAAUCUACUUUA